AUGACUAUAAAAGCUGUCUGCGCUUUGCUUGAGCAUCCCGUUAGCGUGAAUACUGUCGACUAUACAGAUCGAGGUCCACUGGACGAAGCCAGGCUUCGUGGGUUCAAUGAGCUUUAUUUGUUGCUGAAACAGUACGCCCGCAUUCGGCCCGGUUCGCAGGUCAACAUCAAAUCUGAUACCAACAGCCCUUGCGACGGUGUUCGCAGAGACGUUCAGACGAGGCGAGAGAAUGAAGAAGAAGAAGAGGAGGAGGAUGAAGAGGAGGACAACGAGGGCGACGGCGAUGAAGGCGAUGACGGCGAUGACGGCGAGGGCGAGGGCGAGGGCGAGGACGGGGAGAAGCCGGAGCCGGGUACAGGAGCAGGCGCAGAUGCGGAGCCAGAAGCGGAAGCGGAAGCGAAAGCGGAAGCCAAGGUGGAUGUGGAGGUGGAGGUAGAGAUGGAGAUGGAGAUGGAGAUGGAGGAGGAGGAUGAAGAAGAGGUGGAGGUGGAGGAGAGUAAAGAGGAGUCUCGAGAUGACGGUCAGUGUAGGUUUGUAAAGUGCGAGACGAGGGAAGAAAGGAAGAUAAACGCGAUGUUGGAGCGUGUAGCAAAAGGAGAAGAGUCGUUUGUGGUAGCGGCUGAUGACGAGGCGUGUCAUUCGGCAGAUGCCGUCGACUGGCAACCGUUGAGGCAAUUCACGUGGUUGUCGUCUCGUCUGCGACUGGCAGAAGCUGGUGCCUUUGAAGAGUCUUUUUGUCAGAAGACACACUCCGACAACUGGAGGAGGACUGGCAGGAGUGACGAGACAGGAGUGACGAGUUGUGUCGCCGAGUUGCAACCGUCCCAGAGCUGUGCAUUGGAGCCAGAUGCGCGGUUGCUAGGAGCAAAUGUGUUGCCUCAGAUGGACUUUGAGUGGCCGCGGUGCGACGGAGUCUGCGUCGCCUACGUCGGCAGAACGGAAGACGACGCCCGACAAGUCGGAGGGUACAGGCCGGCAGAAACGAAACCAACUGGCGAUGCCAACGGCGGCGGGCAGAUGAGUCCGUGUGCUCCGGUUCGGCCAAAUGCCGACCGGCAGACUCACGAGGAUGGAGAAGAGAUCAUCUAUUCUUCGUACACCAACGACUCGAAGCAGACGACGUUUGAUCAAACGGUGAGCUCAAAAGCGCUAUAGCUUGCAUAUGAAAUGUAUUUUUCCUGUUUCGUUAAGCGUGAUCGGGGCUUGUUUCCUAGUCUGCUUAGUCUCACCUCCACCUGGUCCACCACCAACGGCUCCGCAGCGGUCAUGCCGAUCAACCUGCCGGCGGAAGCGGAUCGUCAUUCGCCUCUGCCACCGCCGCCGCCGCCGCCGCUGUCUGGAAGUCGUCUUGCUCUGCCGCCGAUAGGAUUUCUGUCUUCACAGUUUCCGUGUCUUGUCGCCCAGGCCCAGGUCACCGCCGAGCCUGCAAGGCCCAACUAUCCGCUCGAGCCGCGCAACAUCAACCCUUCCGGCUGGACGACGCCCAGCUGGUCGCCUGGCAACUCGCAGUUCUACUUGGGCCAGAAUGACACAAACCAGCCGUACACAGCCGAUACAGCCUCAUUGUAUCCGAGCCAGCUGGCGCCAAUCACUACAGCGACGGUGCAUUUUGAAGGCCGGACAAGCGGACAAUGCCAGUUGAGACAGACAGUCAGACAGACUGACACUCGGCGGUCGGAGGCACAGACUAGUUGGCAACAAGUGGCCGGCCGAUUCGGUGCUCGGCAUCCCAUCUCUGCGAAACCGACCCCAUCUUGUCGAAACCGAGAACCAGUUGAUCCGGAACAAGGCACUGUUAAUCCCGUAAGUGGAUCUGUUUGUCUGUCUGUCUGUCUGUCAUUGUUUGCAUAA